UAACAAAUGCCAAAAGAUGACAACGUAAAAAAGUUAAAGACAAGGCAUCAGCUGCACUUUCUUUCAGACGUCAAGUUAAGCGCCAAUAAAAGUAUCUUAGACGUGAUUCAAGAUGAUGACGUCCGAGCAUGUGUAUCUUUCUAAAACGUUCAUGCGGCUGGUCACAUAGUCGAGUAGAUGAAACGCAAACGUUUGAAAAUAAAUUACCUUGACAUUCAAAUUUAAUCUCCUCGUGAUAUGUACCGUUGAUUUUUUCCGCGGCCUAAAAAACUAUUGUGUGUUGCAUAAGAACAUGUUAGCUCAUGAUCAUUAGUAAAUGAGGAUUCAUCAAAAAAAGAAAUAAUGGCAAGAGUAAUUACCAAAAAUUCAGCGAAUAUUAUUUAUAUCAAUGUUUUAUUGAAACGACCGCUUUCUUUACAUAAAAUUUCAUCAUGUAAAUAUGCAAAUAGUGUUCAAUCAAAUGAUCCUGGAAGUCCUUUGGAAGUACUCAAACAAAAAGUCAAUAAAGGUGAAUUAAUGCAUGAUGAGCACCAGUUAAUAGUAAUUGAAGAUCUUCAGAAAGUUUAUGAGCGUCUUAAAGGCUAUACACCUGAAAAGCCAGGCCUAAUCAGUAAAUGGCUGAGAAAUAAUAAUAAGAAGACAAAAGCUCCUAAAGGACUCUACCUCUAUGGAGCAGUAGGUGGAGGUAAAACAAUGUUGAUGGACCUUUUCUAUAAUUGUUGUCAGAUUCAGCACAAAAAAAGGGUUCACUUUCACUCGUUUAUGCUGGAUGUUCACAGUAAAAUACACGAGGUUAAAAAAGGUAUUGUUCGUGAUCAUAGCAGUACAAAACUUCAACCGUUCGACCCAAUACCUCCAGUAGCAUCCUCGAUAACUGAAAAUACAUGGUUAUUGUGCUUUGAUGAAUUUCAAGUCACAGAUGUUGCUGAUGCUAUGAUUCUCAAAAGAUUAUUUACAGAACUGUUCAACAAUGGUGUGGUAGUUGUAGCAACAAGUAAUAGAAAACCAGACGAUCUCUACAAAAGUGGAUUACAAAGGGGAAAUUUUUUACCAUUUAUUCAAAUUCUUAAAGAUCAUUGCAAUGUAUCUUCUUUAGAUUCUGGUAUUGACUAUCGUACAAAAGCUGCAUCAGGAAAAGAAAAACAUUAUUUUAUUAAAGGAGAAGAAGCUGAUAGAAACAUUGAGAAAAUUUUUAAAUAUCUAUGUUCAAUGGAAAAUGAUAUCCCACGACCAAGAACAUUGAACAUUAAAGGUAGAAAUGUAACAUUUAAAAAAACUUGUGGACAAGUUAUUGACUCAAACUUUGAAGAAUUGUGUGAUAGACCCCUGGGUGCUAGUGAUUAUAUUGAAAUAUGUCAAGCUUUUCAUACAGUUAUAAUACGUGAUGUACCACAACUAAAUAUGAAAUUGAAGAGUCAAGCUAGAAGAUUUAUUACUCUCAUAGAUACUUUAUACGACAAUAGGGUUCGAACUGUUAUAUCAGCAAAUGCUCCUUAUAAUAAACUUUUUGUCCCUGAAGGAGAAGAAGAAUAUACUGAUGAAAAGCGAAUGCUCAUGGAUGAUUUGAAAAUAUCUCAUGGCACUGAUGACCAUAAAUCAAAUAUUUUUACUGGCGAGGAGGAGUUAUUUGCAUUUGAUCGUACUGUAUCAAGAUUGGCUGAAAUGCAGACUGCUGCAUAUUGGGAUGAAUGGGAAAAGCAUAGAUAACGGCCAGUAAUUCUAGUCUUACUUUUAUUUUAUGAGCUUAUGAAUGAAUCAUAAUGUCAUUAAAAGUAAUAAUCAAAGAAUUUUUUAUUCAACUUACUUAAAACUUGAUGUUUUUUGGUGACAUUAUUAAAAAUAUUUUUUGUGUACUUAAAUCAACAAGAUUUUUAUCAUAAAUAGCGAUAUAAAGUUGUGUAAAUAUGUAAAAAAAUGUUACAAUAAAAAGAUAUAAGUAAGUAGAUCUCAUACUUUUCAAUAUCACUUGAUAUUAUAUUAUCCACCAUAUUCUGCUUUUAUACUUAUUCAUUUUUCUCUUGGAUGUAGCUGCACAAGAGCCAAAGUCUAUUUAUAAUUUAAAAAAU